AUGUCGUCUUCUAGUAGUACUCUGCAAGACGCUGCAGCCUCCGCUACGGUUCGUUCAGCGCUGUCGCCACCACCACAACCAUGGGGUACCAAGUUGUUGGAUCUAUCACGGCUGGCAUCGCCUCGAACCUGGUGGGGUGUCGCCAUGAAUGUCCGAAGGAGUCCAUUUGUUGAUAUUGACUGGCAUCCCUUUCUUCAGGGACUCUUGGGAGUGCUGGUGCCAUUUCUGGUUCUCUUGAUUCUGUUACGAACGACAACCACCACCAUUGGUACAACUGCUACUGUUCCACGUCCUCCCGCUCUGCUGUACUUUGGUUCUCCCUGGGCCUAUCACUGUCUUUGGGUAUCCAUGAGCAAACCCUUACGAGAGCUGGUGGGAGUCGGAGUAAACGUAUGGAAGGGACGAUCGGUUCCACUUCCAGAUGCCUUCGAGACUUUGACAAGUUCGGUCGCACAAUCAAGAUGCAUUCGAAAACGGCGUUAUGAUCUCUACUUGCCGCCGCCAACAUCAACAACUCUGCCAAAGCAAACUGAUCAUGAUACAGAACAUCAACAAACAGCCAUUCUCUUUUUGCCGGGAUCUGGUGUUUCGCAUGCGGCCUAUGCCAAUGCCGCGGCACGGCUUUCCGACGCCGGUUAUGUGGUAGUCGUUCCCUCCAUGGAACCGCUUCGAUUGGCAUUACCGCAUUUGGGAGCCGAUUGGUGGGAUAUCGCUCGCAUUUUGCGUCGUGUCCAACGACAGUUAGGUGGUCAUUGCCACUGGGUCCUGGCGGGACAUUCCAUGGGAUCCUUUGCCGCCAUGAAUUUGUGGGCCGAGUAUUACGAUGCAUCAUCAUCUCGACAAUCCUCCUUUAGCAUUGGACCAGAAUUGGUCCUGUGGGGUGUCGCCAAUUUCCCCACCUAUAUGCCUUCUUCCAACAUGACAGAGACUACGCAACUGUUGUUGGUGCAAGGACAAGACGAUCUUCUCUUGAAAAUGACGGAACAGUGGAAGGAUUUACAAGAAGCAAAACUACCGACGAAUUGUCAGCGCGUCAGUAUUCCUGGCGGGACACAUGGAGGAUUUGGGAGUUACCCGUCAGAGGCAUUGCCUCCGGGAGAUUUGCCACAUACAAAACAACAACAAUUGGCAGUCGAGGCGACGGUUCAGUUUUUGAAGAACCGUCAAGAGGGAUCACGAUAG